CUACAUCAGUCCGCAACAACCUAGCCCGCCUGCGUGUGACGCGCUGGCGAGUACAUUGGCGCAGGCCCCUCAGCGAUUGCAGGCCAUCAACCUUAGCAGCCAUUACACAUCUGCACCCAAUGCACAUUGCUAUAGAACUGCCAUAGUUGGAAGGUAUUCCACAGCUACGCUUUAAGUUCAAGCUUCAAGGCUCACUCCUUUCUCCUCCAGGAGCCUCACUUAGGAGCUUGGGCUCCUAUGUUAUAUAGGUUUGGCCUGUUGAGACCGCUGUCAAGCGUAUGAAACUUUGGGAGCCAGGCCGGGCUGCUUCCCGAGGCGCGAGGAUGACGCCUAUACUCCAACGUUCAUAGCGGCCUGCAAUAAUGAGAGUGUCCGCUUGUUGGUCACUCCUGGCGAGUCUAGCGGCGUUGGCGCUGCUGGGCUCGGCGCUAGCACAGCGUUCGGUCCCAGCCAGCAGCGCGGAGCUGCUUGCGGCGUGGGGAAAUGCGACGGUAGUUACAUCGCUGUACCCGCAAACCAUUAGCAAUGACGGUGCUGCAUCACUUCUGGCAGAGCUGCAAGGCCCGGGUUGCCCACGGGGCGGGUCUCGUACCCUCUAUCUCGUUUUCCCCCGAGCGUCAGCCAAUCAGCAGGACGUUUCUAUCUUGGGCACGCUCUCAGACACAUGCAACAGCGUCACGUUCAGGGCGGCUACGUCCAUAGCCUUCCAGAGCAUCCAGCCCGGCGUGUACGCCAUUCAGGUCACAUCCGGCCGGCCACAGGCGCCUCUGACUUUCAUCGGGGCCGCCUCCAAGAGCGGUGCCUCCGGUGGCGACACCGCGGCUGCCAAGUCUGGCGCGGCGCUGGUGACGGUGGUGGAUGCUGCGGUGGGCCAGCUGGCUGGCGACGUGAACGUGGCAGCCACCAGCAGUAGCCUGGCUGUAACGCUGACGGCGCAGCUGGCGGCGCCGGCCCUGCUGCCCGCCACCAUGUCGCUGCAGCUUUCGGACCCGUCCGCAGCGGCGGUGUCGCCGCCAGCGCUCACCUGGCGGGCGGGCGAGAUGGGCCCCAAGCACUUCACGCUGCAACUGCGGCGACCGGUGGCCGCGGAGGGCGCGGCGCAGGGUAUCUUGGCGGAGGCGGUCGCUGUCGGCAACAUGGUAUUUGGGAACGGCCAGUCUCGCAGCUUGCCACCGCGCGUGAGCGUCUACGUACCACCACCGACGUUCUAUGUGCCUGUGAACACGGCCAUCUACCGUGACGGCCCACCGCCGGUGCGGCGCCCACGGCAGGGGGCGGCCGGCGCAGCUGGCAACGGCACUGCCGCGGCCGGAAACUCUAGCGCGACGGGGAGCAACAGUGGCGCAAGCGCCGGCAACGCUGCCGUGAGCGAUGCCGCGACAGGCAGCGGUGGCAGUUCCCAGCGCGCUGGCAGCAGUGCCGACAACACCACUGUGGUCAUGGUGCCCGUGCGCCGCGCCAGCGCCAGCCCUUUCCCUUCCACGCUCGCCUUCAAGGUGCAGCUGCUGGAGUCGGUGGGCUGCGCCAGUCGUGUGCGCUGUGCGGCGGCGGUGCGCGGCGGCGGCCAGCUGCGCUUCACCGGUGACCAGGACGUGGUGGGCGCGCCGGUGUGGGUGGAUUACAGCGUGGUGCCUCAGGAGGCGGUGCUGCGUGUGGCGGUGAUUCUGUCGGCCGUGGACAAUGCGCGCGUGCUGAGCUAUUCCGACAUGCUGCUGCUGCAGUGGCAACAGCAACAGCAGCAGCAGGACCAGUCGCAGCAAAUGCCUGGCUGGGUGGGGACGAGAGACGACCCCGUCUUCGUUGAUGCGGACAACGUGACGUCGCUGUUCGUGUUCGGCACCACGUACGGCAUGUGUCCGGCCGGUACGGCGGGCCCAUGGCAGGAGCCGCAGCUGGCCCCGCAGGAGUCAGCCGGACCCGCGGCCGGCCCCACCAGCGGCCCCGGGGCGGGUACGGACAUCACCAAUAGUGACAGCAGCCAGCAGGUCAUUCCGCCGCCUCGUGACAGGGUCUGCGACGAUUCCGCAGUAGCGUUUGCGCUCAAGGGCUACGCGUCAUCGCUGGCUUGGCUCCCGGCGUUGUCAGCCUGUGCCGCUGGGAGUGCGAUGCUGGUGCUGCCCGUCGGCGCCGCUCCUCUGGCACCGCCGGACACUGCUACAAACACCUCAACGACACCCUCGCUGGCACCGUCGCCCGCUCCCUCUCCUUCUCCCUUACCGCGUCCAAGCAACAGCACAUCGCCGGCACCGUCGGCCGGCGCCGGAUGGGCCGCAGUGCAGGACGCGGGCUCUCGCUCUGCCCCUGUCGAGCUGCGUGUGCCGUACGGCAUGGACCUCGCGGCCGUGUUCCUACCGCUGGCCAGUGCCGAGGAGACGGUGGUGGUCAGCAACACCUCCUGCAGCGUCCUGCCUGUGUGGCAAUCCGUGGUGCUUGCAGCUCCUUCAACGGAUAGCGUUGCGGGUGCAGGAGCGGCCGCACAGAGCCGGCCGUGGGCGCGGUGGGUGCUGCCUGCUGCCGUGGAGGACUGCACGAUCGAGCUGGCGGUGUUUGCCACCGUCGCAGUCAACCCGGCGCCGACUAUGAGCAGCCCGCGCCCGUCUUCGCCAGCACAGACGUCCUCGCCUGCACCAGCAGCUGCGUCCUCCUCGCCGGCCAGUCGGUCGCCCCCGCCUGGCAAGCGCCGAAUGCUCGCCGCGUCUGCAACAUCGGGGCCCAGCCCUGCGCCCAGUCCUGUCAGUAUUACUGCUGGCGUGGCCGGCAACUCCGCUGCAAACAGCUCCAGCAACGCCACCGCCAGCAAUGCAACCGCCAAGGGCACCGCCAGCAACUCGACCAGCAGUGGCCUGCAGCUGCCCGUGUACGGCCUCAUCCAGGUCCGCGCCUACACGCUGACACUGCGGCCGCAGUCGGACCCCGACCUCUUCCCCGCCAUGGCUCUUGCGCUGGUGCACGAGCUGGCGCAAGAGCCGCAAGCUGCCGGCAGCAACAGCACCGGCAACAGCACGAGCCGCCACAUCAGCACAAGCAGCAGCAUUUCCAGCAUGCUGGUGCCGCUGUGUGGCCUGCCGCAGCCGCUGCUACACGCGGCGGCGCGGCAGGGCUACGGGGCCGCAUUCAAUGCCUCCAGCCCCGCGCCCGAGCAGCUGGCGUGGGCGGCGAUGACAUUGUCUCGGGCCAUCCGCGCCAACCCAGAUGCCAUCUCAAGCCUCCGGCAAGCGGCCGGAAAGCAGGCUGCUAUCGGCAACAGCUCCCAGGCCGGCGCCGCUGGCAGCGUGCCGCCCAAGCGGCUGCUGGAAGAAAUGGCCCAGGUCGCAAGGCUGUCGGGCGCGUGGCUGGCCGAAGCACUGUCUGCCCCUGGUAAGGACUCAGAUGAGAACGGCGUGAAGCGGCCAGGGUCCCGGCUGCUGCGUGGUGGCAGCGGCGACAGAGUUGACGGCACUGACUCCUGGCGGCAGCGGCGUCUGCAGCAGGCGGGCAGCGGCAGUCCCAGCCCCCUGCCGGCGCCUUCACCGUUCCCCACUGCCUCUCCGACAACGUCACCCGCUCCUGGCACGUCGCCGGGCCCGUCCUCUGCCAGCCCCAGCUCCAGCACCAGCACCAAGCCCUCCCCCGCCGCAACUGGCAGCCCAAGCCCCUCGGCUAGCCCCUCGCCCAUUCUUGCGGUUGCGGCGCGGGCGCCCGAGGGCUUCGACUUGAUUGUGGCCGGCGGCAGCGACGACGGCCAGGACUUCGCGGCUCGCGUGCUGUUCAACCCGCAGUUUGUGGAGCGGUGCGACCCGCAGGACAGCCUGGUGCUGGACCUGGGGCUGCUGCCGGAGACGUCCGCGGCGCUGCCGCUGACGCUGCAGGCCAGCAGCGGCGCAUUGCCGCUGCGGCACAGCGUGCAGCCUCCUGCAAAUAGCGGCGACGGCGGCGACAGCGGGCUGGAGCUGGGUGGGAGCGAGCUGGUGGUCACCCCCGCCACGCGCGCAGCAGUGCGGGUGCGCGUGGAUGCGAGGGAGGCUGCUGUCGCUUUGGCGGCUGCAGCUGCAGCUGCGGCCGCGGCCGCCGCGGCCAGCGGUAGCCCUGGGUCAAACGUGUUGCUGCCGAGCGGCGGCGGCGGCGUUAUUACCACCAGCAGCAAGGUGGCCAUGGACACCUCCCGCGGCACUGGCGGCCUAUCGCCGUCGCUGCCCAGCCCGGCGCCUGCGGUCCGUCUGGCCACAGGCGCCGACGGCGGCUCAGAGGACACCAACAGCAGCGGCACUGUCAUUUCCUUCAUGUCACUUGAGGGCUCCUCACCUGGUCCCGUCAAGGCAUUGGCCACGCCGUCGCCGCCCGCCCCCGCCUUCAGCACUUACAACACCAGCACCAGCGGCAACACCACCACGACCAACAGCACCAGCAACAGCACCAGCGACGCCACGGGCUGCGACGCGGACGCGCUGCGGCCUGUGGCAGACCAGGCGCUGCUGGUGGCGCUGCUGGCGCCUGACGGCUACAGCACCGCCUCCAUCACCCUGGAGCUGUUCCUGGACUAUGGCGCGGCGGCUGCGGAUGCUGUGGCGGCGGCUGCCGACUGCGAGGCGCGCGGGCUACUGCUGCGCAUAGAUGGCGGAGUCGGCAGCGGCAGCAACAGCAGCAGCAAUGGCACCGACAGCAGUAUGACGGGCGCUGCCGCCGCCGGCGUCGCGGGCGGCAACGGGACGGACGCGGGCGGCGUAAACGCCACGCUGCCGCAGCCCGGCACGCUGCAGGUGGAGUGGGACCUGCUGCCGGUGUCGCCGCUGGACGCGUGCCGGCGGUGCGGCGCGGGCAGCUACAGCUCCAGCUCCAACGCCUCGACGUGCCUACUGUGCGGCCCCGGGACCUUUGCCGGCGACGUGGUCAACUCGGUGUGCUCGCCCUGCGCCGCCGGCACCUAUACCUUCACCUGGAACAGCCCCGCCUGCCGGCUGUGCCCCGCGGGCACCUUUUCUGGCCGCGCCGGCUCCACCGCCUGCAGCGUGUGUGCUGCGGGCACCACCACCAUGUACGACGGCGCCAGCUCAUGCGCCGCCGCGCCGCCGCCGCCGUCCGGGGGCUCCGGCUCCUCACAGUCGGCGCUGCUGGUGUCGUUCCAGAUGCUAAUCAACAUGUCCAGCAGCGCCCAGGCCAUGACCUCGCUGGGUGCCAACAACACCGGCAUCGACGCCUCGCCCGAUUCCAUCGUCAAGCUGCUCAUUGCGGCGGACACGGCGGAUGCGCUGCGCAUCCCGCCCUCACAGGUGCACGUGAGCAGCCUGUUUGAGCUGAGCCCCUCGGCCUUCCUGGUCAAUGUGUCUGCCACCGUGCCGCUGGGCGGCGGCCCCAGCGGCUCGGGCAGCGGCGGCAGCGGCUCCGACGGCAGCCCCGGCAAGGACAUGGACGCGGACACGCUCAUCAGCCGCCUGGUGGACAACCCGGGCACCUCCUUCCCGCGCACCACCGAGGCCACCGGCGGCUCAGUGCAGGUGCAGUACGUGGACAUGAAGGUUGUGACGUGGGGCGGCAGCAGCAGCGGCCUCAACCUGCAUGUGGUGCUGUGGCCCACGUUGGCCGGCACAUUCGUGCUGGCGGUGGUGGUUGGGCUGGCCUGCAAUCGGUACUGCAGUCGCCGCCGCGGCGGCCGCGCGGCCAGCGGCGUCAGCCUGCCGCCUAUCACAGACACGUUUGGCAGGCUGGCCAACGUGUGGAAGACGCCCAGCAGCCCGCCUCCGGCCUCGGGCGGCGCCUACCUAAUGUACGGGCAGCUGACCUCACUGGAGCUGCAGGACGUGGCGCCGGGCUCCCUGGCGCGGCACAGAGGCAGGCACAGCCGCAAGCCCAGCCUGCAGCAGCUGCAUGGGCUGGGACCCAGCCCGCAGGAGGCACUGGCGGGUGGCAGCGCGGGCGCUGCAGCGGACUGGCCGUCAAGCAACAGCAACGCCAAUGGCGACCUAGAUAUGUUUGCCAUGUAUACAAGAGACGUAAUGGCAGCGCCACGCAUCUAACUAACUGACAGGAACAUAUUAUACAGCUAGCGACAUCAUAGUUUUGCAUGGUGGUGGCCGGCGGAGCAUUUCGGAUGGGCGGUUGGAUAAACGCAGGUGGGCUGGUGAGCAGGGCGCGCAGAUUGCUGGCGCCCAGCAGCAUUGCUGCUGUGAUCAUAUUACUGUGCGCUGUGACGUCCUUCUGCGUGCUGUUGGGAUGCAGUGAGCAUACAGUUACCGUACGGUAGCUCACUUGCAUAUAUACUACAGCAAGCACCGUGAACGUUAUCUUCUGCGGUAUUCGCUGCGUGAUGGCUGCGGUUUGACUGGGCUACUUGGCCGGCUGGAUGGCCUGUCAACACAGGCAAUGUACUGUACGGUAUGGGCGCCAUGCGGGCUGACAAAGUGGCCCUCAGAGUGGCAUGUUGACGCCUUUAUGUUCUCAGGGUCGCGAGCCCACGAGAUUGGACUAGCAAUUUGUGAGGAACUGUGCAUAGGACACGCUGGAGCACAGCCCAGCAGCAGUGGUCGUCUGUCCUAAGCGCAAGCUCAACACAUUGUUCGCGUGUGGGGACGCCGCGUUGGCGAGAGCCACGGAUGGCCCUAAUACACCAUGGGGGCAUGUCGCACCCGUGGAGGGCACUGUAACCAGG